GUGUUGAGGUUUGGACGAAAUGGUGGCUAGCCGACGUUAGCUUAGCGCCGUUAGCUACUAAGAACACGCAGCAUACCAAGUGUUGCUCGGCCUGUGGUCCCCACCUUUUCAAUUUCAAUACUUCCUCAUAAACCGUUUUCUUGUGUCGUUCGAACGCAGUAAGGCGAAAGGCAAACAAUGAAAGCCGAACUCACGAACUCGAGCGUCGAACGAGGAGGAAAACGCCUCAAUUCGAGGAAGUAACGAACCGACAGGAAUAGUUGGCGAGCUCAUUUGAAAGCAAGCCAGCCGGUCUCAAAACGCAUCUUUACGUGUUAGCUUCCUGGCCUAAAAUAACAAGCUUGUUGCAAAGCUUCUAUUUCGGCGACACUUCUCGGUUGAUGAGCGUUUCUUUUCUUAGCUGAUGUUGAAAACGCCGUCGAAGUUUUAACUUCUACUUUUUCCUUUUCCGAAGAUAUCAGCUUGCAACUCGUUGCAUCAUGAACGUGUUUGAGCGCAACAUCAAUUUGGACGCCGUCUUCAAGUUCUCCCAAAUAUCUCAUUCCACCCAGCUGCACUUGAAGAAUGUCUACUCCAGUUUGGCAGCGUGCAUGUUUGUGGCCGCAGCCGGCGCCUACACGCGCGUCGUCUUGCGCCUCUUCCAGGGCGGCGUGCUGUUCGCGCUGGCGUCACUGGGCCUGAUGGCGUGGCUCGCCGCGAUGCCGCACAACGCCGAAACGGAGAGGAAGAGGCUGGCCAUUCUGGCGGGAUUCGCCUUUCUCAACGGCGUCGGCCUUGGCCCCACGCUGGACUUUGUCAUCGCUGUCAACCCCAGCAUCAUCGUCACAGCCUUCAUGGGAACCUCGCUUGUUUUCAUUUGCUUCACUCUCAGCGCCCUCUACGCCAAACGCAGGAGCUACCUGUUCCUCGGAGGCACGCUGAUGUCGGGCCUGUCCGUCCUCUUCCUGACGUCUCUCCUGAACGCGUUCUUCGGAUCCGUCGUGCUCUUCAAGGCUCACGUGUACCUGGGUCUUCUGCUGAUGUGCGGCUUCGUCCUGUUCGACACUCAGCUCAUCAUCGAGAAGGCGGAGAACGGAGACAAGGACUAUGUGUGGCACUGCGUGGACUUGUUCCUGGACUUCAUCACCAUCUUCAGGAAGUUGAUGGUCAUCCUGGCCCUCAACGACAAGGACAAGAAGAAGGAGAAGAAGUAGACAAGUUGCUUGGCUGAAAACGAGUCGAUCUGUCCGACGAGACUCGAUUUGCGGCGCGGUCGUUAUUUCUGACUUUCUUUCUUAAAUGAGCUCCUGCGGUCUUAAGAUCUGAUUGCAAAUGAUUUGAUCUUUCUUUCCUGUCAAACUUCCGAGGGUUGAUAGUUUGUCCGUCCGUGUAAACUAAUGCUAGUCCCGGGAGCGAGAGGAGACUAACCCUGCAGUGAAUAUGUUUGGCCUGUAGAGGGCAGCGUUGCGCUGUGACAUGCCCGCCUCAGUCAAGACUUUGCUGCUGUUCUUUCGCGCCACAACGAUGGGCUCCCUUUUAGUGAGUUACGUGACCACAUGCAUUGAUUUGCUUCAUUUCUGAGUUUCUUCUUUUGUUUAGCGGAGUGCGAUUUGGACGCCCCUUCCCAAAUGUCCUCGGAAGUCUUGCUUUGACUUUUCCAGAUCCCGUCUGAGGGCCUUUGCCCAAGUUUUUUGACUGCGCUUUUUCUUGCUUCUUGUAAAUUACACCAGUGUCUGAUAGUUUGCCAAAUGAAGUGAAGUUAACCUUAAAUUUUCAAGUGUAUACUGUGAAAAAAAUAUUUUGUGGAUGUAAAAGUUAAAGUAAUAAUUUGAUACAUUUGCUCAAAUAAAUGUGUUGAAUGCA